AUGACUCGCCGGGUUUCACGAUCCACUGUUCAAGGUGGAAUCAUCGACCUUCCAUACGACGUUCUCCUUCAUCUGCUCGCCUUCUUGCCCGUAGAUGCUAUUGUUCACCUUCUUACCACUUCGCGCGCCCUCUACUCAUUGAUAAAGGACGAACAAAUCUGGAAGGAAGUCUCGCGCCGCUACGGCGUGCAUGAUGCGCGCUGCUUUGGCAACCACUCGUUCUUCGAAGUGUAUACCGGCCUUCUGCAUACCUACGGGUGCCUGAUUGGUACCACCUGGGCCGGCGAUCAUCCCUUUACUGGUGGCGUCCUCCAGUUCCGCCUGGAUCUUGAGGGUCAUGUGCGCCCCAGAGGUAUCAUCGGAGAGAUCUGGGCCUUCCGAUCGCUUGAACCAGAAGAAGCAGAUGCUUAUCCCCCUCCCGAGCCUCCGCAACUGACUCCCGCCAUCUUCAUCACGUUCCCCGACCUGCUUCCUGCCGAUUGUCGAAUAGCUUCGGCUCCCGAACCAGAGCGCCAUGCGCAGGUCUUCUGCAUUUGCCUCUGCGAGAGCGCCAUCUCGGAUGAGGCGAGAGAUAUAAGGCCGUUGUACCAGAAAUGGCACGGAGCGAAGAUGCAAGUGGGGUCCGAGACGACUCAAGGCACCUUGAUUCAUACUCGCCGCGGGUCGUCCGUGCAUCCGGACUUUCCAAACGACCCCCGAGCCGCUUGGUACGACCCAAAACGCGUAUUUCCGCGCCUGAAACCACAGGUCUUUCCGAUCGUCGAUGCUACGUCGAUGCUGAAGAACUACCCACACCUCCGGGUGCCGGAGCUGUUCGCUACACGGACAGAAUACAUAAAGCCAAGAGCCUUGACGCUUCGCUGCUUGGCGGGUUGUGCGAUGCGUGGUUCGUCGCUGCUCACCUAUCACAACCAUACCCCGUGCGCACCACGGUACUACCCCCUCCACACCAGCACACCGCACGGCAUCGAGCCAACAGCGAGCGACUGGCACCCACGCUCGCUGGUCGGCCUGUGGCUCGCCAACUAUUCGUACCACGGGACGGAGUGCAUAUUCAUCGCCUGGGAUGCGCAGAGCAGAACGCUCUCGGGUACCAAAAUUACCGGAGACGAGCACGUCCCUCGUGGCAUCGUGAGCUGGAUGCUCGAUGUCUCACGUUCCUGCGUGAUCGAGCCCGAGGAGCGCAGCACUUGCGACCGCGCAUUCAGAGGCGAGGCCUCCAAGUACCGGCUGUUCCGCGGGACCGGCCACUUGAGUGCCCGUGGAUAUAUCACUGGAGAGCAAGAUACGCCCCCAAUCAUUAUGGCGGUCGUGGGGGCUGACGAUAUGCGUAUGCUUUGGCCCGAGGAUGGAGACAUAUUCCAUUACACGCGCUACAGAGAAAGCUUGGCAGACGUUUGGCGAGCUGAACCUGGAAACGUGAACGCAGGCGAGCAGAUCCUUCGGGCUGAGAACGGUGAAGGUUGA